GCCAGUAAUCUACAAAAACAUUUGUGGAAUAAAAGAGAAGCAUUUCAUCUGCACUUCCUUUUCCACAAUCACACACUCUGAUCAGUCACUCGACAAACUUGCCCUUGAGUGAGUCUCUUGUGUGACGGGAAGGUGAUAAUGUACACGUGCAUGUUGGUGGUAUUAUUUCUCCUAAGUCUACCAGCUGUGCAGGGUGGAGGGACUGUGACGUACUCCACCAAUAGAGUCUGCGGUCUUAAAGGAGCAGCAGUGGUCCUGCCCUGCACAUAUGAAUAUUCCUGGAUUGGUGGAUAUAGGAGAGGAGAGUGGUAUGAAGAGAAGAGUGGGACAGUCAUAGUGCAUAACCCUCCUAAUUAUGACUGCAGUCUGAGAAUAGAUAAACUGUCAAAUUAUCACUUUGGUGUUUAUCAGUUUCGGUGUAAAGGAUACCUACACAGCAGCUGGAUAACAGGCAGAUCUGGUGUUGAACUUUCAAUCACAGACCUGCAGGUGAAGGAGGAGGCUGUUGUGGGGAAUCAGAAUCAGAUUAAAGUGACCUGCAGCACCUCCUGCAGUUUGGACUCUAAAUAUAAGUAUAUCUGGUACAAGAAUGAACAGACUCUAAAAGACAAAACCACAGUCUCCAUAGUACUGGACUCUACCAGACCCUCUGAAAAGGGAAACUACUCCUGUGCUGUGAGAGGUCAUGAGGCUCACAGCUCCCCUGCAGUAUGUGCUCCAAGAAAACAGUGUUGGAGUGUGACGUACUCCACCGAUAGAGUCUGCGGUCUUAAGAGGGCAUCUGUGACCCUGCCCUGCACAUAUUACUAUUCUGGGAUUGGUGGAUAUAGGAGUGGAGAGUGGUAUGAAGAGAAGAGUGGGAGAGUCAUAGGAUAUUACCUUACAAAUUAUAACUGCAGUCUGAAAAUAGAUAAACUGUCAGAUGAUCACUCUGGUGUUUAUCAGUUUCGGUUUUACACAACCUUGCACCGCAGCUGGAUAACAGGCAGACCUGGUGUUGUACUUUCAAUCACAGACCUGCAGGUGAAGGAGGAGGCUGUUGUAGGGAAUCAGAAUCAGAUUAAAGUGACCUGCAGCACCUCCUGCAGCUUGGGCUCUCAGUAUGUCUGGUACAAGAAUGGACAGACUCUACGAGGCAAAACCACAGUCUCCAUAGUACUGGACUCUACCAGACCCUCUGAAAAGGGAAACUACUCCUGUGCUGUGAGAGGUCAUGAGGCUCACAGCUCCCCUGCAGUAUGUGCUCCAAGAAAACAGUGUUGGAGUGUGAGCUACUCCUCUACACGAGUCUGUGGUGUUAAAGGGGCAUCAGUGGUCCUGCCCUGCAGAUAUGAGUAUCCAUGGAAAGAUGCAUAUCAGAGAGGAGAGUGGUAUGAAGAGCAGAGAGGGAGAGUCAGAGAACACAGCAACUCUAAAUAUCCUGACUGCAGCCUGAACAUAGACAACCUCUCAGAUAAUCUCACUGGUGUUUACCAGUUUCACUUCAACACAACCCUACACAGCAGCUGGAUAACUGGCAAUUCUGCUGCUAUUCUCUCAGUCACAGACCUGCAGGUGAUGGAGGAGGCUGUUGUAGGGAAUCAGAAUCUGAUUAAAGUGACCUGCAUUACCUCCUGCAGCUUGGGCUCUCAGUAUGUCUGGUACAAGAAUGGACAGACUCUACGAAGCAAAACCACAGUCUCCAUACUACUGGACUCAACCAGACCCUCUGAGGAGGGAAGUUACUCCUGUGCUGUGAAAGGUCAUGAGGGUCACCGCUCCGAUGCAGUGUGUGCUCCAGCACAACAGUGUUGGGGUGUGACCUACUCAUCUAACAGCAUCUGUGUAUUGGAGGGUUCAUCUGUCGAUAUUUCCUGCACUUACAAAUACCCCAGAGAUCAAGACAUCACCACAACAUUUUGGUUUAACAAUAGAAACACUAGCCAUCACCUUGAGGACAUACGCUUGGAUAAAGACUAUCAAAACCACACUGAGUAUCUCAGGAAUGAAAGGAAUAGUUGCACUCUGAGACUGAAAGGUAUCAGAGAGAGUCACUCUGGAGAAUACGGCUUCAGGUGUUCAACAGAACAGGGAGAGAGUUACUCUGGGUUACCUGGAGUCAACAUCACUGUUACAGCUCUGCAGGUGUUCAUACCUCCUGAAGCAGUGAUGGAGGGAGAGAGGGUGACCCUCACCUGUAAUACUACCUGUACUCUGACCAACACCACCUUCAUCUGGUACCAGAAUGGACAGCCUGUGAUCUAUAAACACACAAUCAGAGACAACAAGCUGCAUCUAAACCCAGUCAGCAGUGAGGAUGCAGGCAAUUACUCCUGUGCUGUUAGAGGACACCAGAGUCUCUCCUCAACUGCUGUCUUUCUCAAUGUUAGAUACCCAGAACCUGUUACUAUGAUGCUGCUGGCUAGUCUCACCAUAUUCAUCAGUCUUUUUCUGUUGCUGAUACUUGGAAUUAUGUGCUUGAGGAGAACUGGUCAUUUCCAUGGCUGUGUCAUCAAGAAUCAUCGUAGCCGUAACCAUGGUCCUCAUGCUGGUGUGUCUCAGACGGUCCAUUCUGAUACCCAUGAUGACACGUACACAGCUCUCAACCCCAGGACCAUGUCCUCUGAGUAUGACACACUGCAGAAUGUGAGGACUGUGAGUGACACAUAUGAGUCUCUCCAGAGAAGAGCUCAGGACUCAGGAGUGUAUGAGAAUCUGCAGAGAAGAGAGACGCCCCCUACAGAGAUGGAGUUAGAGGAUCUCAGUAAGAAAUGACACCAACCAUGAUUGUCCAUCUCUUACUUGCUGGUAUUGCCUGACUUUGUCCAGACUAGAGAUGUCAUUAAUAUGUCCCUUUUCCCCACCCUCCACUAAUGUAACUUGAAGACAACCAUAGCUAAUUUACAAAUGUUCUAAUCAUCUCCACAGUUGCUGUUUUCCUAUGCUGUAACAUGGUAGAUUUACUACGGUAUCAGGAUAAUGCUAUAGUUAGCUUGUGCAAUGUAUGUCUGUGACUUAUGAUGAAUACUGUAAGUGUGAAUGAGAUCAGGACUGUUAAGGCAUGCUAGCUGCAUCAACAUCAAAAGGCCAUGAGGUAGAACUGAGCUCAACCUACUCUAGUAUUCUGGGAUCUCUGUAAUUGUAUUGAAACUGUAGAGGUGUUUUCAGUGAAUAUCUUCAGGGAAUAUUUUAUUCAGAGUGGCCAUGGCUAUAGUUGCAGCCUCACUUCCUCUGUAGGUGUGGAAAUUGCUCUGUUGGUUUCAAACAACUCAUUUAGAUGCAGUCCCAUGAGGGGUUGUAAUGCGGCCGCUCACUCCCUGUCUUAUGGUGUUUCUCUUUGUCCUCUACAUCAUCCUCUACUCGUCAUUCUAAAACAAACAAUUCCAGUGUCAGAAUGGCUGGAUUCUGUUUGAAGUCUUUGUAAAACACUCCACAUACACAUUCAUAUAAACCGUUACAAAGUUACAACUGAAUUGCUGAAUUGCUGAUUCGGUUUUUUUUUUCGGAUUUGAGUUACAUUGUGUUAAAAUUUGUUUGUAUGUUG